AUGGUCAAGCUCCGGGAUCCAGGGGCGGCAGGAGUCGUAUAUACGGAGGACCUGGCCCAGUGUGGGUGCAUCGAAGGACCCCAGGCCUCCAGCCUGACCAACCCCCGUUCAGGAUCAGCUCCCCAGCCCGCCCCCGAAGAGCGCCCAGAUGGCCCGGGCCGGGCUGGGGAGGACGGGCCCACCGAGCUGGGCGCCGAAGCAGGGGCCCGGGAACACACCCAGAGCCCGGGUGGUGGGGCGGCGCAAGGGCAGGCUGGGCCCGGAGGCCGGGAAGUGCCGGCGGCCGGCCUCGCUCCUCGUCCGCGGCUCCAGCGGCUGCCACCGCCCAGUGGUGGGACAGGGAGGCCGGGAGUCUCCCCGCAAGACACAAUGGAAAAGUACCAGAUUUUGGACUGGCUGAAUCCUGGGGCCUUGGGGGUGAACCUUCUGGUGGAGGAGACAAAAAGCAAAGUAAAGCAUGUGAUAAAGCAGGUGGAGUGCAUUGAUGAGCAUCAGGCCAACGAGGCCCUGGAGGAGUUGGUGCCGCUGCUGAAGCUUCAGCACGCCCACGUCUCCAUCUACCAGGAGCUCUUCAUCGUGUGGAACAGUGAGAUCUCCUCUCUGUUCCUUUGCCUGGUGAUGGAGUUCCACGAGGGAAGCUUCCAGAGUGUCAUUGAGAAGAGGGCGGCAAAGAGAGUCAUUGACUCCCAGGGAAGACAGACUCUCUGGGGCACCAGGCCUGGGGGCUGCCUGGACCCUGUGAUGCCACAGGCCCCACAGCAGAGGGCAGAGGAGCAGUGGAUGCAGAACAUGCUGGGCCAGGUGUUGAAUGCGCUGGAGUACCUGCACCAGCUGGACAUUAUCCACAGGAACCUCAAGCCCUCCAACAUCGCCCUGGUCAGCAGUGACCACUGCAAACUGCAGGACCUGAGCUCCAACGCACUCAUGACCGACGUAGCCAAGUGGAACGUCCGUGCAGAGGAAG